CAGACCAACCAAGUCGUCACAAAUUCCAGUUUUGUCUCACUCAUCAUCAUCACUUUAGUAGUAUUGAAUAUUAGUUAGCAACACUUUCUGUUGGUUCUUGAACUGACUUGAACUUUUGUAUAAUUUGACAAGUUGUUAUCUCGGGUGCCGUAGUUCAUAGAAGAAUAGAUUGGUCCUGGUGAAAGUCCUUUUCUAUUUGUUGAUUGAAGUGAGUCAACAGCAGGCGUAGUUCAGAAAAAAAGGACAUCACAGCUGAUUGGUCCUUCCUCAUCAUAAAGUGAGCAACAUAAGAUCUAUACAUAUAGAAGUAACAAUCAAUUGACAAGAGGCGAAAGUAUUGAACUACAAUCAUCAAGGCAAAGAGAUUAGAGAAUAUCGACUAUUAAACUCUAUUGACUGAAUCUCAAACGCUGAAAAAUACCAUAAUCAACGCUUCCAAUGGGCAUCUUUAGCAAUUCAUCACCAUUCGACGAAGUCGUAGGGAAAGCAACACUAGAGACUAAUACCAAGGAGGACUGGUCUUUGAUACUUGAUAUUUGUGAUCGAGUAACAACUACUCCAACAGGUGCAAAGGAGUGUCUCAGGUCAAUCGUUUCCAGAUUGAAUCAUCCAGAUCCUCACGUUGUUGUGCAAGCAAUUACUCUUUUAGAUGCGUGUGUGAGUAAUUGUGGACUACCAUUCCACCUUGAAAUCGCAUCUCGAGACUUUGAACAAGAGUAUUGCAAGUUACUUACAAAGAUUCAAGAGAAAACUGUCCGUGAUAAACUUCUUCAGUGUCUCCAAAAAUGGGCAGAGAGUUUCAAAUCUGACCCACAACUUGACCUGAUCCCAUCACUUGUAGGAAAAUUGAAAGCAAAAGGAGUCCACUUCUCUGAUAGCCCACACAAGUCUACUAGAAAAUCCAGCCAUCAUCAUCAUCAUUCUUCUUCUAAAAACAGAGACAUGUCAUCAUCAUCGGCAGUGCCUGCGGCUCAAGAAGAUGCAGACCUUGCAAAAGCAAUCGAACUUUCAUUGAAGGAGGCCCAAACUCACAGCCAAAAUAAAACGUUGUAUCCCCAAGCGUCAUCGUUAGCCAGCGGUUCAGCUGAAGAAAAGGAACCAAAGAAAGUCAGAGCCUUAUAUGACUUUGAAGCCGCUGAAGAGAAUGAACUAACAUUUUAUGCUGGAGAAAUAGUGUUUGUAACCGAUGAUAGCGAUACCAAUUGGUGGCAAGGAAGUAAUCAGCGUGGAAAGGGACUAUUUCCAGCCAAUUUUGUGACUUAUGACUUGAGUGCUGAGCCCACUAAAUUUGAAGUAAAUUCCAAGAAAACAGUACAAUUUUCUGAAGACGUUGAAGUACAGUCCAUCGAGACAGAACCUGAGAUCGUUGAAAUUGACGAAGGCAAAAUCGAUAAAGUGUUGCAUGUGCUACAUGAAGCAGAUCCAACCGGUGAAGUCGAAGAUCCAGCAGAUUUGUGCGGAUUAGAAGAACAAGUAAAUCAAAUGGCACCCUUGAUUGAUCAAGAACUGGAGAAAAUCGACAGAAGACAUGCCCAGUUGACACGACUGGGUGGAGAGCUGGUGGAAGCCCUUAACAUGUACCACAAUUUAAUGCGUGAACCGGUUGCAUCAACGAUGCCGUAUGGUAUGAAAAUGGGCAUGAGCGUCGCAGGACCUACCGUAUCUAUGCCCCACUUUUCUCAAGUAGGUGGGCCUGUGCAAUACCCUGGGUAUCCUCCUUACGACCCAAAUGUACCUUACUCAAUGAUGAGACCACCACAUUCCGCACCACCGGCUGCUAAUGGGGCUGGAUAUAACUCCAUGCCUUAUCAAUCACAACCUCAGAGUAAUGGAAUGGGACAACAACACAUGAACCAACAACAGCAGAUGGGGAAUUUGGGAGGCGUUCCAAACGGUCAAAUUGGGGGGCAGCCGCAAAUGCCCAACUCACCUCAAGUCAGUCAACCGGUUAGCAUGGCAGGAGGGCAAAUUCCUUAUUCACAACCCAUGAUGAUGCCACAAGGGCAAAAUAUGAAUAUGCAAGGAGGAUACGAGUCAAACCCCAUGAGUCAACCGCAGAAUAUGGGAAUGCCCCCUCAUAUGAUGUCACCUCAAAAUGGACCGUAUGGACAAGGAUUGCCUCAAGGGGGGUAUCCACAAUCAUCCACGGCCCCAUCCGGCCCAGCAGUCUAAAGACCUCGCGUUUGCUUAACCUUUUACUACUUCGAUACGUAUAUAUUUACAUAUUUACUAAAUAUGAUCAUUAUUGUGCGUAGAAAAUGCUAGUUUUGCAUUGAUAAUGAAUUCUUUACGUCUUAUUACUUUGUGCAGGCACAUUUUAUAACCUGCAGCAAGUUUAUGAUCCAUUGUCGUCGUCUGCCAUCGCUCUGCUAUUUCAAAUAUAAAGAAUAAAUUAUUUGCCCUUCAAAUUCGGCCAUUGAAUAAUAAAAACAGCUCCACCACAGUACC